AUGUUCGGAGCCCGCGGCGGUGCCCAUCAGGCUCUCGAGACAGGCCACACACUCAGACAAGCCGUCUCCCUCAACGCGUCUGCCGCGGCCACGGCAAAGCUCAGCGCGAGCGCGGCCGCGGCGCAGGCGGAGCUGCUCGCGACGGCGGACGACCUCUACCGGCGGAUGGACGCGGACUCGGAGGAUGGGAUGGGGCUGGCGGACGAUGACGAGUACUGGGCGGCGCUCCCCGCGCACAUACACAACUUUGUACGGACCACCUGUUCUCAGUCCGCGACGACAGCCAGUGACGAGAGUGCAAUCAAGGCGCAGGCUAUGUACGCCAUCGCCCAGCAGAUGGUGCAGUCUGGGCUCAAGGCCGGCACGUUCAUGGACGGGGCAAGCUUGUUGGGCAAGCAUUGGGCUGUAGUACUCUAG